UCCAGGAAACAGAGGUUUGCAGGGCUGACCCAAAAUUUGUCCCUGAGAGGUCUCCACCAUGCAGGAUUGACCCACUCAACCCCAGAUGAUGAAGACAGUCAUAAGAACAAUGUCUUUCUAUGAGAAGUGUCAUCUUAAGCUGACAGAGUUUACAACAGGGGACUGAAGCUUUCCCAGGGCUUUGGAAGAGCCUUUCUGGUGACGUUAGCAGGAACAGCCUCAAGAAGUCACACCUGCAUUAGCGCAUGAGUCUGCAGUCGUGUCUGAGUCGCCCCCAAGGAGUUUUUGUAGCCAAAAUCUGACCUCUUUGCCACAGGAGAUGCUGGUGGCUGAGAAGCGGAAGGGAAGACCGUGAGCCAGACACAAUGGGGUAAGCUUGAAGACUUCAGCUUGCUGCACACUGAUGGAAAAGGCAUCUACUCCCUGUUCAGGCUGAACUCCCUGUUCACCAGGACAGGGUCAAAAUGCCUCUGCCACAGCAGAUCUCCUUGGCCCAGUCAUCCCACAACAAGGCCAGAGAUGCAUUUCAGGUAAAAAGGAACUUCUGGGGGUUUCUUAGCUCAACCUCCUGUUCAAGGCAUGCGUCUGAAUAGUAGCAAGUCCUCUCAUCCAAGGUUGUGGAUCCAGAGCUGAGUGAAGUGUUUGGCUGUGUGGUGUGUCCACAUGAUACAUGGUGCAAAUUUGCACAACUCUAAGCAACAUUUACUCCUCUCUUCCUUUACUCCCAAUAGCAUCAACCAGUAUGACCUCUCUCUCCUACUUCAGCUUAGAGGGUGAUGUUUUAAGAUCCUAUCUUCUACCUCUCUUCCCACUUCCAUGAGCACGCCAGUGCCACAGCCACACAUGAAACACCAACCCAGACUUGUGUGAUCCUUCAGUAACUUUGCUGAAGGUGCAGACAUAGUAUCUGGGUUGAAAGUGAAGGACAAAGUACUUGAGAAGUGAACAGGUCAGUUUCUAAUGACCUGUCCUUAUCUGUCUGGUGAAAGCAGCCAGGAGACCUCUGCCAAAGUUCACACCGAAUUUCAUACACAGGGGCAAUCCGGCUUUAUAGUUUCCAGGAAUAAAAAUACAAACCACUCAGGGAGUCUGUCCAGGAGGCAGCUCAGAUGUGCAGCAGGAAUCAGGUCAAUCUGCUUUUCAAGUGACAUCAGAACCUCGGGCAAAGCCAAGCUGGUGUCGUUUCUUAUCCCCAAAUCCCAUGUGCUCUGUAUGCCUGUGUGCAUAACGUGCUUCGUUUUUCUUAAGGGUACUCUCUAAGCCAAAUCUAUUUUAGGAUUCUCCUCAGGAGACUGUAGUUUAGAUCUAGUUUUAUGACUAACCAGAGUUUCUACAUGGGACAAAUGAAAACCGACAGCUUGGGACACAGCUGUCAAGACCAAGUCUUCUUGACUACCAGACAUAUUUCCUGUUCCAGAGGAGAAGUGCUUUUCUGCUUCUCUUUCAUGUAGUCUCCAGGAUGGCCUAUAUAUCCAGAAAGCCAUUAACGAGAGCAGCAGAUUUACUCUGGUUUCUUCACCACAUUUAGGAAAAUUAGCCCUCAUUUGCAGAGUCACUUCUUCAUGUCUCGGACAAACACCUUGCGCUGCAGAACAGUCCUCCUUCAGGAGGCCUGGGGAAACACUCCAGGCUGGGACAAGAGAAGCUGUAUCCAUGCUGUCCCCAAGAGUGGCACCUUUGUUCUGGCCCCAGGAACAGGGAGGGACUGGCUAGUGACAAAGUACACCCUGGAGGACUGCAGUAUAUCAUUGCAAUGGACAAAUGUGCCGAUACAAGUGCUCAUUUUAUCACACCUGAUUAGGGGUUUAGUGCUCACAUAGCUUAAACAUUAAUAUUUGCCUAUUUAAACACUGUGACCUAGUGCAGCCUGGCCACUGAGACAGUCACCAUGACUGAAUUUGGAGAUUUUAUAAGUGCUGUGGGGAAGUUUGGACUAUAUCAGAAAUUGCUGGUACUGUUCCUCUCCCUCCCACUGCUUCUUAAUCCUUUCCAAAUGAUUGGCCAAGUGUUCAUGGUCGUGGAUGUGCCACACCACUGCAACACCAGCUGGAUCCGUGCCAUCGGCCCCAACCUGACCGAGGAAGAGCAGCUGAACCUCACCCUGCCCCGGGACGCGGACGGAGCGUACGAGCAGUGCUCCAUGUACUCGCCGGUGGACUGGGACCUCGACUCCAUCGUGGCGUACGGCCUGAAUGCCACGGAGAAAUGCAACAAUGGCUGGGUGUACCCCGCAGCACAACCGCCGUCCCUGCUGACCGAGUUUGACCUGGUGUGCGACAGGAAGGACCUGACCGACAUCUCCCAGUCCGUCUACAUGGUGGGGCUUCUCCUAGGAUCCAUAAUCUUUGGAACACUAAGUGACAGGAUCGGCCGUCGGCCAGUCUUUCUGAUCUCCAUCUUCCUCCAGGGCUUGUUUGGUGUAGGACUUGCCUUUGUGCCCGAUUUCUAUGUGUACAUGGCCUUCAGGUGUGUCACAGGUGCUUCGGUGUCAGGAAUGCUCAUUACUGACUUGUCCUUGGCUACGGAAUGGGUUGGUGCCUCCUACCGGACAAAGGCAGUGGUUAUUUCUCACUGCUUUGCCGCCAUCGGACAGAUGCUUUUGGCUGGCUUGAGUUACGGUAUUCGCAACUGGAGGCUGCUGGAGAUUGCAGGAUCUGCUCCAUUGUUUGCCCUUUUCUUCUACAUCUGGGUGAUACCAGAAUCAGCUCGGUGGCUGGUGACAAAAGGCAGAAUAGAAGAAGCUAAGAAAGUCCUUCAGAAGGCAGCGUCCAUCAACAAGCGCACCAUCCCACCAGGACUCCUGGAGCAGUUGAAGCCUGAGACAAAGACCAAGCCUGGAAGUGUUCUGGAUCUCUUUCGGAAGAAACAGCUCCGCAAGGUGACUUUAAUCAUGUCGUGCACCUGGUUUGCAGACAGCCUUGUCUACUAUGGGCUGAGCCUUAACGUGACAAGUUUUGGUCUGGACAUCUACAUGACACAGCUUGUCUUUGGGAUAGUGGAGUUACCAGGUCGACUCUCCUGCAUUUUCCUGCUGCAGUGGUUUGGGAGGAAGAAAUCCCAAGCUGUUCUUCUGCUGCUCUCUGGCCUGAUGUGUCUUAUCAUCACUGCCAUCCCUGAAGACCAGCAUGUAGUGAUCACCGUCUUGGCCACCAUUGGCAAAUUUAUGGCCACGGCCUCCUUCUCCACCUCCUACGUCUACUCCGCAGAGCUCUUCCCCACCGUCAUCAGGCAGACCGGCGUGGGGCUGUGCUCGAUGUCAGCCCGGGUGUCAGGGAUUGUGACCCCACUGAUUGGCCUCCUGACCCAGUACCACCGGGCCAUCCCCAUGGCCAUCUUCGGGAGUGUCCCCGUGGUGGUGGGGCUUCUCUGCUUCCUGCUGCCCGAGACCUGUGGAGUCGACCUGGCAGACAAUACAGGGGCAGCCACCACACAGCUGAGCAGCAGCACACUGGAAAAUUUGUCCAAGAGAGACACUGUGAGCGUGGAGUAAACUCAGAGGACAUGUACAGAGGCUCGGAGAGCAAGUUAUGAAUGGUCAGGUGUAAACUAAAUGCCCAAUCUGAACCUAUAUUUCCUGAAGCAGACCAGUGAGGCAUUGCUGUCUGGAAACUGGUCUUUCAGAUGAUCAACAAAAUACUCGUGGUCAGAAGGAGAGAUCUGUGUCGCUCUGCGUUUGGAAAAGAUGCACUUCGAACCCCUCCUGAAACCCAGUCUGUUACGCCUGGCUGCGCGAGUCCCCCCCGACGUGUUUCCCGGUCCUUUGCAAACUGGUACCCGUGGAACCAUCCCUGUCGUGUUUUACAGCAAUAACCGAUUGCCAGUAGAGUGGUAGUACUGGGCAAGCGAGCGCCGGGCUGCGUCCCUCCUGCACUAAUCGCUUGGGUCGUCGGCCUUCUCCUCGGUCCAAGCCUCGACGUUUGAUCAGGAUGUCACUGAAACCCCGUCACACACAUAUUUAGCUUCUAUUUCUAUGUGGUGUUGAAUUGGAGUUUCUACAUGAAUAAUAUAAAUUAUACUCUGCGUUUGAUAAGAGACACUUGUAAUGCAAUAUGUGAAUAAUAAAUGGUGUUGAUGAUUUUUUUUGUUUGUUUCCUACUGUUUCACAGUUGGCCUUUGUAACUGCCAUUGGCUCUGGAGUGUUUUCUACACAGAAGUUGUGAGCCUGUAAUUUAACACACAGAUGGAAACGUGUUUGGUUUCCAUCAGCCACAAGCAAUGCAGAAACAGAGUGUUAA